AUGGGGAAUAACUCGAGCCAUGCUUCGUCGACUGUAUCCAUUUCAUCCAAUCAUAAUACGACGUAUCGUAAUGGUUUCUUAAGUGUGUUUUUAUCCGGUCGUCGUCUUGAAUUCACGCUACGAAACAUGCGAACGCUCCAUACCCAACUCAUUCACUUUCAAUCGCUUCCAGACGCUGAAAUUGUCGAACUUUUACGUGUAUUAUCAGAAUUUCUCAUUUAUUCCGACCAACAUCGUAUGUCAAUGGAACUAGAGGAUCAAGUUGCAGCUGAUUUGGACGAGAAAACCGACAAUCCAGGGACUUUUUUCGAUUAUUUUGGAGAAACGAAUAUGUUGGCGUUAUUGGUCGAACUUGGUACGAGUCGGCCUUCGUUUCCUGUUCAAGUUCAGUUGCUACAGACGAUGAGUAUUUUAGUCCAGAAUAUUGCAACUCGGACGUCACUGUACUACCUUUUGAGCAAUAAUCACAUUAAUCGUCUUCUCGAGUGUCCUUUUGCCGUAGACAAAGAUGAUGAUGUACGAGACUGGUAUGUUACAUUGUUGAAAGCGUUGUCGUUACGACUUAAUGAAGAAACGGUGCAGUUUUUCUUGGAUACUCAACAAGGAGAAGAAUUGCAUUUUCCACUCUAUGCACGUGCAUUGAAAUUUGGACGUUGUAAUGAAACAAUGGUAAAAGUUGCAGUCAAGACGUUGACACUUAAUGUGCUAAAAGUAUCGGAUCCAAGGGUACGCCGGUUUGUACUGCAGUAUGACGAGAUGAAGUACUUUCGGGAUAUUGUAGAGAUUGCAAAUGACUUGACAUUGAUGCUACAGGGACUGCUGAAUAACUGGCCCUCAUUAGACGAACAAAUGCAAAAGAUGACAUACAUAGAGAAAUUAGAAGAAGCAGUGGAUGCGUACAUUGAUCACUGUUUCUACUUACAGGAUCUAUUGGAUGUGAAUGUACCGGAACUUUGCUAUAAAAUUGGAGAUCUGCUCUUUUCACGACAUAUUAGAUGCUUGUUGGCGACUAGUAUCUUGCCAGAUUGUGGACCCCCGCCGCAACGAGUGUCGACACAGCUGGCGCUUUACCUGCUCACUCGACUUUUAGGCAUUUUAGAGCACGCCCCUCUUGUGAAUGCUAUCGCUUUUAUGUUGUUGUCGCCAGAUGCGUCAGAAAAGUGUGAAUACUCAGCAAUAGCUUUUGGAGCUGGAUCAAGACGGCGACAUAGCAGUUCACAUUGCCUGGAAUCGAUAGACAGCGAUGACGACGAUGAUGAUGAAAAUACCGUGACAACAGAAAACUCGCCGCGAGAGCUAUCUCCCCAACCUUCUUUACCGUGGAAUAUGGAACAGCUUCCGAUGCACGUGUUUUGUCCUCAUUCGGCAACUACGUGCGAGUCAUCGUUGUGCUACGUUCAAACGCGUUUUGGAAUGGGCGAGUGGCCAGUCGAUGAAGUGAAGGCGUUUGUCCCGCAGAGCACCAACUGCUACCGCCAGUCUUUUCUAUCAUUGCUUUGUUCAAGCGAUGAGCCACUCUCAUCUACAGCUGUGAUGCUUGUGAUAGCCAUUAUCAAUAACAAGGCGGUAGAUCAUUCUUUGCUACGGGAGCUAGAUUUGUUGCCCUUCCGGUAUCGUUACGGAAAACGUGCAAAAUGUGAUGAUAAGCAGAUAAUUGCUGAUGGUCACGAUAAGACUGCACAACAGAAGAAAACUGAUGAUAAUGCAAUGACCGAUAGCUCGGCUCUACCAGCCAUUGCAUCCCUGUCAUCGUCAUAUGAUUCUUCUGACUCGCAAGGAAUUCGAGGGGAUGCUGGAAAAGAUGUAAACAUCGACAAAAUCGAUAAGGGAUAUUUUUCACCAAAGGGCGAAGAUGAUGAUGAAGUGUCUAGUGCUCCUGGAGUAGACAAUGAUCCAUUGUGCCGCACAAACGCCUACCCUUUUUGGCUAGUCGAGUUGAUAUUGGAGGUCCUUGCGCGAAACCAAAGCUCACGUUUGUUUAGCACGCAACUGUGCGCACGCUUACUCGUGGAUAUCAUGGUGGACACACGUAUGCCGACUUCCUAUUGCCUUCUUACCCAGCAGCAUACUGCAACACUCAAGGAUAUUUACUCAAGUAGUGCACACCUUGUCAUGGAGAGCAUGCGUGGCGCAAUGGCUGAAGUGGAUUUAUUCAUUUACGUGCUAGAAAAAGAGGUGGCAACUUUCCAGCGCAAGUGCUUUCCUAUUCAGUUACAGCUGGAUUCCUCGUCACCUUUUGAGUGCCUCGUUCCACUUGAGAAAGAAGAGGCUAUGACCUCUCCGGUGUGGGCCGGUUCACGGGACACCUUAGCGCUGCGCUGCCCCGCAAAUCAAAUGGAAGUGUGUCGCAAGUCUAUGCGGGUGUUUCUUUCGCUGCGGAAACUGCGCGAACUCUUGGACUCAAGCUAUGUAAAUGACGGACUGGAGCGGCUUGUUGCGUACCGUCACCCGCGUACAAGUGUAUUUGCAAGUGCUGCGGGUGGAAGGGAUUCGUGCACAGUGUCAUUGGACGGUAUGGUCUCUCUCAAGUGUAUGUAUCGCGAACAGCGGUUUUUGCUGAUGGCGACGAAACUAUUGAUGGUGAUGAAUCCCGAGGCAUUUGUGCUUGUGGAAAAGAUUCUCGAUCAAAAUGACGACAGCAAUACGCAUGAUGAGGAAGAAAGAGGUAUCGUGAAAGUGUUUGCACCGAUCCACCGCACAUACUGCACAAUGGACGCACGAGACGAUCGUGUAUUACAAGUGUCAGUCCGCUCUGCACUACCUGUACUAGGUUGCCGAAGUGACCAGAAAGAUUAUCAAGACGCAUCGGCAUCUGAUAAAUUAAUGGACUGGAAUAUUCUGCUGAUGUUCCCGACCUCGGAAGAUUGUGCCCAGGCACAAACACAUAUUAAUAUCAGCGGGAUGGAGGUGCGCGCGUUCAAGUUACACCAGAUUGAAAAAAGCCUCACAGCGCAUCUGCAUGUGACUCAGUCGAGUAACGGCGGACGGCGAAAAUUCUUUUAUACAAAUGCUGCACAAAUUGCAAAGAGUGAAAACAGUGAGGAGGAAGAUGAAGCUGAGAGCAGCAGAGAAGACACAGAUGGCAAUGGUGCCGAAGAUGAAGAUAAUAGCGAAGAAGAAACAGAAGAAGUGGAUAAAAAAGAAGACCAGGAGAUACGAAGCUAG